AUGGACUUUUCCAACAUUGACCUCUCACACCCACCCCUCAAAGACCUAACAAUAUCCAACAUCACAGAAAAUGUCCACGCCAUCAACUCCAAAUGCACCAACAUCCGCACCCGCCUCCUUCUAGAAAAGCUCGUCACCCACCUCCACGACUUCGCCCGAGAGACAAAUCUCACCACUGCAGAAUGGGAGACCGCCAUCGCCUUCCUCACAGACGUCGGCAAAACAUGCACACCCGUCCGGCAGGAAUUCGUCCUCCUCUCCGACGUCCUCGGCCUCUCCCUCCUCGUCGAUUCGUUAGACCACCCGAAGCCGCAAGGUAUCGGAGCGACGGAGGGUACGGUCCUCGGACCCUUCCACACGCACGAGGCGAAAGCUGUGCCGCACGGGGAGAUGAUUUCGAGAGAUGGGGACGGGGAGCCGAUGCUUGUUGUGGGGACGGUCAGGGACACGCGGGGAGUGCCGAUUCCCGGGGUGAAAGUUGAUGUGUGGGAGACGGAUUCAAAGGGUAUGACGGGUAUGAAAAUCCUGACGGACGGGCGGUUGUGA